AUGAAUUCCACGAUCGCGGGCUUGCGACCGACCCUAGUCGCACGUCCACCGCCCUUUGCCCAUAAGCCUUCGUCGGCCAACGCAACGCCUAAGGCCGAGGCGCCUAAGCUGCAGAAGCCCAGGAGCGACGGCUACGUCAAGCCCGCCGCGGCCGCAGCAGAUGCCGCAGAAGCAAAGGCCGCCAAGGCCGCCAACAAGGCAGCCAAGCGUGAGAAGCAGCUGGAGGACUUGGAGGCGCUGUUCGAGACGCUUGAUUUGAACCAGUCUGGCUCCCUCUCGCUCGAUGAGUUCCAGCAGUUUCUGGAGUCGAUUCAGUGCAAGCACACGCGCAAGCAGGUGAGGGCGGCCUUGAAGCAAGCAAAGGCUCGUCGUGGGCUUAGUAGGGCAGCGGAGGUGGCCCUGACGGCGGCGAUGAAGCCGCCCCGCGAGCUCAAGGAGGUGGUGGAGGGGCACACCCCUCAUCACGAGGUCGUGGUUGACCCCGCCGCCAUGGAGCGGGCGCUGCUGAAGCUGCUCAGCGAGGCAGAGUUCGAGGAGCUACUGAAGAGCGACAUGUGCAAGGCGGGCGGUGUGGAGCGGGCCGGCUUUGGGGCGGCGAUCAGGAUGGCGAGGAAUGGCCAGAAGCCCAAGAAGGUGCCGCCGCUUCCGCAGGGCAAGCAGCAUCUCGACGUCGGCAAGCGCGACAAUAUGUUGCUGCUGCUGGUGGACAUUAUGGACCCCGAGGGCAACGAUGCGAUGGGCAUCUCCGCAUUCAGCCUGCUGUACCUGCCGCCGCUAGAUGGUGGCGCCAGGAUGGCGGCGCACUUCGCGGAGAUCACUGACGGCGAUCGCGAGACCUUCACCAAGGUCGAGUUCAUGCGGUUCGCGCUCAGGGAGCUGAAGGUGUUCUCGGACGCCGAGUUUUACCACCUCGUCACGCAGAUCCGGCAGCGGCCAGCGCAGCGGCCCUGGGAGCGGAAAAAGUCGCUGGAGCAGUUCGCCACUUUGGAGGAGAUUCGCUGCGGGGAACCUGCUCAGACGGAAAAGAUGAGGGAGGAUAUGGCCACGAUCGACGCGCUCGUCCGCGCGCAGCUGUGCCUGCUGCGCGGUUGGAAGGUGGACGAGGAGGGCGCAAAGGCGAUGGAGGAGCACGCCGAGGCGCUGGGGAGAGACAUCGAUUGUUUUGCGUAUCAAGCUUAUGGAGGCGCCCUGCCGACGAUGGAAGCCGCAGAGGUCCGCGCGCUAGUUAGUGGCUGUUGA